CUCGUUUGCAAUUCAGAAACUUCAGAAAUGUGGAUCAACGCUUACACAGACGGCAGGAGUUAGCUAUGGCUUCGAGCAGUGAAAGCGAGAACAACGGUGAGGCUGGUGGCAGCAUGCCCUACAGAUGGCAGAUAAAAGGUGAAAACGGCUGGAUGGACAUCACUAACUGCCACAUCAUCGAGGCCCAGUACUCACGUCCCAAUGCCAAAGGCAUAAUUCUGUACAACACUCAGUUUGGAGCCAUCUCCAUUGAUUUCAAUAACAUGAAGGUCCUCCACAAACACGGACUGCGGGUCAGACGCUUGAGUUCCUCCCAGCCCGGCCUGGAGACAGAGUGGAUUUGGUACUACAGUGGAAACCGAGGCUGGGUGCAAUAUGGAGAGAAGGACUCCAAGGGCAAGGUCUCCUCGGUGCAGAGCUCCAGGAUCGAGAGGGAGUUCCAGAGCAACCCCAACGGCUCUAUCCAGUUCUCCGUCGACACGACCACCUACCAGAUCAGCUUCAGAGCGAUGACUCAAAGAAACCUGAGUACAAAUAUGAGCCGAAGGGUGAGGCGGCGCCCUAAAUUCAACUCUGUCCUCAAAAUCAACAGCCCUGCAGUUCCCCCUCUCCUGCAGAACGCUGCCCCCGUUGGAGGCAGCUGGAAAUGGCAGUUCAUGGCAGACGAGGGGGUUUGGACCGACUACAUCUCCCCCGACUGCUCAGUGGACAGCGACGAGAUCGAGAGACGCUACCAGAGGAAUCCUCAGGACCAAGUGAAGUUUACCUCCAGUAUAUUCAGCUACACUCUGGACUUCACAGGGAUGUAUCAGGUAAACAACACCUUUGGGACCCAAAGAACUGUGAGGAGGGUGCAGGCGGGUAACCCACAGCAGAACAGCUCAAGCUCUGCUGGGACACAGCACAGAUGGCAGUUUAGGGACGUCAAUGGGGUCUGGAAAGACUAUGUCCAGAGUGAUCAGCAGGGCGGCUGCAGUGUGUCAGGGCAGGACAUAGAGUCGCAGUUCCAGCAGAACCCCAGCGGAACCAUGAGGUUUACCACAGCGAGCUUCGUCUAUGAGCUGGACUUCUCAGCCAUGACACAGAGAAACCUGUUGACUGAGACGACCAGACCGGUACGCCGUCUCUAGCCACGAGGCUGCUGCCCUGACACCAGGAGUCUCUGUCCACUGCCUGUUCACCAGACUUAACUCCCAUUUGCCAAGCUGCCAAAUAUCAACCGCAGAUGUGGAAUUACAAACUGACGGCACACAUAUGCAAGUUUGAAGGAAA